CCAUCCUAAAACAAUAUGCCUGUCAUAACAAAGCAUGGAAACAACAAAAGGAUAGGAGCAGCUUUUCAGCUCCAGUGCCUUAAUGUCACCAUUUGUCACGCAGCCUUCUUUCACAACGUUCAGGCAUAGGGUUAACUCUCACACUCACCCAACCCCCCCGUCUAUCUUUCCUACACGCACAAGCUACUCGCUGGAAUGGUUGCAGGAUUCAAAUGUGCCUGGCCUGACAAUUGUGCUGCUGCGCAUUGUUAUGCAACUCACUGUCUGGGAGGGCAGCUUGUAGCUCCUUUAUUCUGCAAGUGCCAGGUGCGUGUUUAGUCAAUGUCACAGAUCGCUACUGUAAUGCAACUCCAAGCACGGCCACUUUGUCUGGUUGGUCUGGCUUUUGAGUUAUGCAAUGCUCAGGAAGAUGCCUUGGAAUGAUUUGCUAGUGAAACCUGCUUAGGUGUCAAGCAAGCCCUGCGUUGGGAAACCCUUGCAUCGCUCACAUUGAUUACACAUCUCUGGCACUACAGGAACUAAACAACCAUGUUACCAGAAGAAAGGUUUGUGGGAGGAAAGGGAGACUUACUAUCGCAAUUCAAAAGAAAUCAGCUCAUGGGAAGACUGUCGGGCGAAUGAGAAAAAAAAAAAAAAACAUGUAUGUUUUAUAUAAUUAAAAAAAAAAAAUUCUUCAAACUGAAGCGUUGCAAUUCUGAACGGGAAACAAAAGCUAGAAAAUACAACUUCAAUCUUUAAUGAAGAACCACCUCGUGGAACAGGGUUCUCACGCUGUGGAUCAAUAGAGAGUAGCAUCUUUUUCACGUUGCCUGGAUUCAUUGGAUAAAUGAUAGAUCGAGGAUCUUUGAAUUUUGCUGCUCUUUGCCAUUCAUUAUUAAAAGGGGAAUGAAAACGAAAUAGUGCAUGUAUUCAUGUGUUAUCCAUUCCAGCAGUUUACAAAGCACUGGAAGAUAAAAGCAUAAUUUCCCUUUGUGCUGGGGACACAGAAGCAUGACUGAUGCCACAGUUCUCCUGAUGCAGAGUAGGACAGUCUUUGAAGGAGUGUUGAAGAAAUUUCUGGGAAAAAUGGUCACGUCUGCUAUUACGGCAGCAGCAGCAGAAGUAAAGAGGCAAGAAGAGAAAGAGGAAAAAGAGGAGUCCAUUUUGGCCAUGUUGGGAAUUAUAGGAACUGUGCUCAACCUUUUUGUCAUUAUUUUUGUGUACAUCUAUACUACCCUCUGAGAGUCUUGACAUGCCCAGGUUGUGCCACAGGUGUUUGGGCUUAAUUAAACAAAAAAAAAAAUGCCUAUUGAGAAGAUGCAGCAAAAUAGGUCCUCAAAAAACUAUCCAAUACAUUCCAGUGCUAAGUGCCUAGGUGAAUUGCGAGCAACGGGGCUCAUUUGUCAAUGUAGAUAGGACUAUGAGACCUGGCCAGCCAACAUAAGCAGCAAACCCUCAUAUUCUGGCUUCAGAGAAAGACAUAAAAGGUGGUACAUAGCUGAAACUGUGAAUUUGUUUUAAUGAAGCCAAUGUGAGUGCUGUUUUACUGCCAUAUAUAAUAUCCACGUUACAGGAAAUUCUAUAUUGUAACAUUAUUAUAGCUCUUGUGGCAUUAAAAUCACCAAGCCAUGAGAAACAAGGCAUUAUCAUCAUCCUCUCUUCUAAGAAACAUGAAACGACUUUUCUAAUAUAUGCUUCCAUGCAGGUACAUCCAAGGAUGGACUUUCCUGUACCAUGAAUCUAUACACUUUACUGCAAAACACUAUUUUUUAAAAGUACCUUACUAGACUUGUCAAAUUGUCGCAAAUGCCAACCUGCUCUUACUAACAAGUGUGAAUUACAAUACAAUAUAAUAAAAUGAUUUAAUCAAUCCAUUUUAUAAUUCUAAAUUGGAAUACUUGAGAUGGGCAGGUAUCCUAUCAGUAUAUGCUAACAAAAAGCUGUAACUAUGUGCAUGGACCACAUGGCCUGCAGGGAUGUGGGGAGAAUGCUAAGAUGAUUAUUUGUUAAAUUGGUAUCUUGCACUAUGGAUCCUUCAGCCAUCGACAGUAGGAUUUUCCCUAGAGAUAUUGAAACAUACUGUCACUUGAAAAAUCAGAAAAAUGUAAAUCUAUUUAAAAUAACUAGACUUGACAAGAAAAAAAAAAGUUUCCCGUAUUUAUAUCUCUUUUUAAAUUCUUAGAAAACUGGAUUUUAAUUUUAUGUAUAUGUUCAGGAGAUGCCAUAUUUUCAAAUAUAGGAGCAGUAAGCAAAUAACAUUGAGAACACUAUCUUCAAUAAUUUGAUAUGUGUAUCAUUUUAUUUCACCGUCUACUGGUUGCAAUCCUGAAUGUAUAAUCUAUUUAGUAAUUUCAAGAAAAACUAAAAUUCUAUAUAUGAAACAUGUUUGUGCUAAAGGGAAUAUGUCAUUUAUACUUUGAUUUGGUUUUAUGUGAUUUACCCCACAUUAAACUGUACAGAACAGGUACCAAUACCGCCUGUUCCAAUUAAGUUUACAGUUUUUGGUUGCUAUGUUCUUUAAAAAUAGAUCUCUGUUAUAGGAACCAGCUAUUCUUGCCACAA